AUGCCACCCAAACGCCGCGCCGCGACCGCGGCCGCCGCACCACCACCGCCCAGCAAAGCCUCGACGCUCCCCUCGCAACGGCGCAGCAAGCUCGCGCGCGAAAACGACCUCUCCGCCGCGCAGGAAACCGAGAUCCGCGAGGCGUUUUCGCUGUUCGCGCUGCCGGCGCCCGCGGCAGAAGCGUCGCCGAGCUCGCGCCCCGAAGGCGUGCUAAAGACGGGCGAUGUGCGGCGCUGCCUCAUUGCGCUGGGCUUGACAGUGCCGCGGUCUGAGGUGCCUGCUAUGCUUGAGGCGCUGGACCCCGAGCAGGACGGCUUUGUCCUCUUCGAGCACUUUGUCGCGUAUGCGGCGAUUCUGAUACAUGAGCGGGCGGCUGCGGAGGACGAGGAAGAGGAUGCGGAUGAUGGCGGUGCGAGUGCGGGGUUGGGCGCGAGGAGGAGGAGAGAGGAAGUUGAGAGCGCCUUUGGGCUUUUUACGCAGGGUGCUGGGGGGCCGAUCACCGUGCAGCAUUUACGGCGAGUGGCGAGAGAGCUGCGAGAAGAGGUCGCGGAUGAUGUGCUGAGAGACAUGAUUGUUGAAGCGAACGGAGAGGUGAACACGAGUGCGGGCGUGGGUAAGGGUGUCAGUUUGGAGGAGUUCGAGGGCGUGAUGAGAAGGGCGGGCGUGUUUGGGUGA